AAAUUUGUCAGGAAUGUUUAGAUAGGUGACUGGAGUUUGUGUUUGCAGACUACGAAAGUAUUACGGGUAGCUGUCAUCGUAGUGUUUUAAUAAGUGCCCGUUUUCCGUUACUUAUAUGAAGUUUUCUAAAUGAGGGUUCAAAAUUAUGGGAGGUAAAAUUCCUGUGUUUAAAGUUCUGUAUUUGUUUUAUUGUCACUGGAUUGACAAAUGCUGCAAUUUAACUGAAUAUGGAAAUAGAAAUAAUUGAGCCUCAGAGGGCUCCUCUUGAAUUUCCUGUUGAUUUAAAUGGAGCUCCAUUGGAAGUCGUGGAAGUAGUCCAAGCUAUUAAAAAGGUUGCAGAAAGAGUGCUGUAUCACUGGGAAGUCUUUCCUAUAGUAUUACCUCCUCCACUUACAGUAAUUACAACAGAAAAUGAUGGAAAUAAAAAGUGUAAGCCUCUUGUGGUGCACGAUCUUUUUGUAGCACCUACAUUUGAAGAACUAAAUAUAGUUUCUUUAGAUGCAAAAGGUGAUCCUCAACCAUUGUCUGAAAAACAGUUAUUGAGCAUACGAGAAAGUGGAGACUUUGAAGUGGAGAGUAUGAAUUUUGCAGGCCAAGUGCACAAAUGGCACCUUAGCCAGCUGCUACAAAAAGGAAUUCAGAAUAUUCAUGAUACUCUUCUUCGGGAUUUAGCACUUUCGGUACAUUUAAUAAUUGUCACUGCUCGGAACAGGCUUUUGUCAGACUUCUUCAGUGUUUCGCAAUCUGUACGUGCCUUUAUUCAUGGGUUAGCAAUUCUAUUAGAUGCAUGUAUAGGAAUUCCAUCCUUGUCAGCAAAAAACCUAGAUGUCAGAAUUCAAGAAGAACGGAGCAAGUAUUUAGUUGCAGAACUUACUGUUAGGCCCAGUUUUGAAGACGACAUUGAUAAUUUGUGCCAAUUUGUCAAACAUCAAAUUAGGAAGCAAACAAUGGAAAAAUACUGCUUUGAGAAUGAAAAGCCUCCACCUGUCCCAUAUCUAUUUCAAACACCCAAAGGUCAUGAUAUUGACCUGCGGUUAUUCAAUAAAGAAAUAAUUCGUAAAGCACUUCCAGUUAUUGCAAGUAUUUUAGAAAAGGAAUCCCGUGGUUGGUUUCUGCCUUUCAGGGAGAAAGUCAUAACCGAACUGAAAACCAAGAAACUUUCAGAAGAAGAAUUGGAAAGGCAAGCUAACAUCUUAGUUCUGGAUGAGUAUACCAAAAGAGUGUUUUCAGCUAUUUUAGCUCAUCCACAAAUUCAAGAACUUGGACCUGGAACAGGUACCUUGUUAAUAGAGCAAGCUCAAUCUGUAAUCUUAAUGCAUAGGGCAGUAGAAAAUAUGCAUCGACGCUUAAAGCAAACUCUUUCUCAGCUUAAACGUUCUCUGGAGCAAUUAAAUCCAGUUCUUUCCCGGAUUCAGCCAUGGGUGGAAGAAAAAUUGAAAAUAGCUGAGGAAGAAUUUAUACUGGAUCAUCGCUGGGAUGCUCAUGAAGAAGCUUUAGCUCUUUGCCGUCAAAGUCAUUUAGAGCAAACUUCAUAUUUUUUGCAGAGAGAUUUAACUUUUAUGAGAGAGCGAGAACCUGUUCUUAAGCAAGAACUUAGCAGAGACCGUAAUCCAAAUCGUUCUUUUCAUUGGAGAACUCAGAUUUGGUUCCCUCACCAUUGGAAUGUCCGUAAGGUUUUCCAAGGGGAAUCAGAAAUAGUCCCUACUGUAAUAAGUCGUACAUCCUCUUCACUUGCUCAACCACGUUCGGACCCUAAUCAGCCAGUAUAUUUAGUGGAAAAGCAGCGCUUGCAGACAACGACCACCAGAUCUACCUUCUGGAGGUGGAUUAACUACUGUUACCGCACAUAUUCUUGGCUUUGGAAUGCUAUGUUUAUUUUUGGAGUUGUCAUCCCAUGGUGCAGUCCAGUUAGCUUAAGAGCAUUGUUUUGUAUUCGCCCUUUCAUACCAGAUCUGGAAGUAAAUCAAAUUGAUGGUACAUUAUAUCCUCGAAAGUCAUCCAUUUCUCAUACACUAUGCUCAAGAUUAAUUUUGCUAUGGAGGCAUAUAUCUAAGUCUAGAACUGAAUUUGAAUCAAGACCAGACACUGGUUUCAUUGGAAAAGGAUUUAGUCGACAUUUGAAUCGUAUUUGGAACUAUUUGGUAAAAGGUGCUCUGGGAACACUGCUAAUUGCACUGUUUUUCCCCAUAAUUUGUCUUUCCAUAUCAUUCCUGUCAAUAUGUAUUGCAGUCUUUGCUCCACUAUGGGUGCCAUCUGCAACAUUGCUUUUCCACUUAAGUAUGAUAUUUGUGUAUGAUUUUGAUAGUCCUGGUCUUCCAAGAAACAAAGUGUGUAUAAUUAUGGAAGCACUUUUAUGGCACAUAUGUUUACAAGGCAUCUUGCAGCCUUCUCUUGCUGUGGCAGUUGCUUUUUUCAUCUGUCCUGUAGCUUCACUCAUUGUAUUUUUAGCUUCUAUUUUGCGUUGUAGCUGUAGAAUCAUCUGGGAUGUUGCAAUGUACCAUAUUCUAAUCAAGAGACGGGGUCGGGUGCCAUCCAGUGAUAGCUGGCUUGUUAAACGUAUAUCUGGGCCUGGUCUUUCUAAUGAUCAUUAUUUUCAAAUUCAUCCAGAACAGGCUUUAGCUGCAUUUGAAGCUAAGCUUGAAACUGAAGAAUUAAAUGCAUUCAAAGAAGAAGUAGAGCGAAUUAUUUUACUUCCUCAACAGAUAUUCAGAGAAUUUAUAGCUCAGUGCUUUCAUCCCUUUUCUGCAACAUUGUGCAAAGAGGGGGUAUAUAAGGAAGUAGAAAAGGAAGCUCAAGAUCUAUUAGCAGCUCUUAGGGAUCAAGUAGAUAGGAGAAAAAAGGAACUUCAGACUGGUCUAAGUGUAAAUGUGAGAUCAAAAGUUAAAUUAACCUCCUCUGAUCUUCAGCCUACUCUUCAUGUUGCCACUGCUGUUCUUCAGCGAUUUUUUCCUGUUCAUGUUCUGAAGCGCUUACAGAUAAAGGAAGAAGAUUUUUGGGAUAAAAAAGGACUUUCAUUUAGAGACUGGCCUGGAUUUGCUGCUCAACUUUUAACUGAAGUAUUUUCUAUUGAUAUUCUCACUCCGCUUGAAGAAAAUGAUACAUGCUAUUCAUUAGAAGCUCAUGGAGUAAAUUUGUCAAGGUACACAGAAAUGCUUCAGUCUGUUGCACAACAACCUAAUGUAGAUUUUAGUCAUGUUAUACAUAUACCAAAAGGUAAAAUUCAUGUUCAUUCACCAUACUUGGAUUUGAACACAUUUAAUCCUGUAAACAAUAUCGCCAAUACUGUGCACAAAAAGGAAAAGAAAAAGCGACAGUUAUAUCAUUGGAGAAGGAAGUCAAAGAUUAGUCAUCCCGAAAAACUUUUCAUUCCUUUGCCUCUUCCUCAUCCAGUUCAGAUUUCUGUCAUUAUCUUCAAUAGGGAGAAUGAAGAUCCUAUACCUAUAGAGACAGAUCUUUGUCUUGAGAUUCUUAAGGCUACAGCUGAUGGGGCCAAAAGCUCUGCUAUUUUAAUGUAUGAAUAUGAAGAUAGUCCAAUAGAUGCACAAAGUGUUGCAACCACAGCUGAUGAGUACAGAGCAGUUACAUCUGAUCUGGAAACAAUGGCUUCUGAUGAUCGAUUUAGCAGGUCGAGUUUGAGUCGAAGUCACAGCCAACAGUUAAGUGCAGGGGACAGCAUUGCUGUGAACUUGGCAUCUACAGAAGAUGUAACUCUGGAGCCAGAUGAUCAAAAAGUUACAUACAGUCACAGUUCAUAUAGCACCACAGUUUAGAUUUAAUUAUAUUUGCAUGAUUUUAUGAAGCUUUUAAGUAUACAGAUAUUACUCUGAGAGAAAGCCCAUGUUUCCUAAGUAGGAAUUCAUUAUUGUUUGCUAUGCUGUGGAAAUGGUUAUUAACCCAGAAAUUUCCAAAGGCACAAAAUAUGCCUGUAAUACUACUGCCAAAUAAUAUACAUAACUUCUGCUUCUGGUACUAUUAAUUAUGUAACUGUGUUCUAGUACUUUUAUUUUACUAAAUGUAUUUUGUCAGAUUGACCUAAUUUUUAUAUAAAAAUUAUUUAAAAAAGUAAGCUUAGAAGAUGUGAUAUAAAAGAGUAUUGUCAUUCUAAAUUUUUGCAUCAUUUAAAUUCAAGAUAAUUGUUUUCUGUAUUUUCAAUAAGCAUUUCAUUUUUUAAAUAUUUAUAUUAUUUAAUUUUUUUUAUCAUUAUUAUUAACAAAUAGUAUUU